GAGAUCUUUAGGAGCCCACUUUCAAAUUCAAAUCAUUUGGGGUCCAGUAAGUCUCUUGACAGGCGGGGACUUAAUGACUCCCAUCAGUAGCCUCCACGUUUGCUGAACACGACUACCAGGCCAGAUACACAGGAACUCCAAUGUGGUUUAGCCGCUGAGCUCCAGGCACCCAAACAACUUGCUCACCUCCCAGCGUUACUAAACAGCAAACCCGCCCUCAAGCCUCAGCUACUGUGAGGUGCAGGGGGAGGCAGAGUCACGCAUGCGCAGUUUCCGCCCCCGCCACCGUGGCGGGAGUGGGCGGGUCCGAGGGCGGGGAAGAAGCGGAAAGCCGACCGGGAGGAGAAAGAAGCCCGCCCCCGGAAGUCUCGCCUGUCUCUGCUGCCUGUUUCCGGAAGUGCUGCUGAUUGUCGCGGACGCGAUGGCUUCAAGGUUACUUCGCGGAGCUGGAGGGCUGGCCGCGCAGGCCUUGAGGGCUUGCGGUCCCAAUGGUGCGGCCGCAGUGCGCUCCAUGGGCUCUCGAGGUGGUAUUCCUAGUGAUGACGACCAGGCGACUGGGUUGGAGAGGGAGAUCAUGUUGGCUGCAAGAAAGGGACUGGACCCAUACAAUAUACUGCCCCCAAAGGGAGCUUCAGGCACUAAGGAAGACCCUAAUUUAGUCCCUUCUGUCACCAACAAGAGAAUAGUGGGCUGUAUCUGUGAAGAGGACAACAGUACCAUCAUCUGGUUUUGGUUGCACAAAGGCGAGGCCCAGCGAUGCCCUAGCUGUGGAGCCUAUUACAAGCUGGUGCCCCACGAGCUGGCACACUGAGCGCCUGCACUGAGUUACUCAAAAUAUGAUAUAAAACUUCUUUCCAAUAAAGACUAGCCAUUGCAUUGGCUUCUCCCAUA